GAGGCCCUGGCACAGGUUGCCCAGAGAAGCUGUGGCUGCCCCAUCCCUGGAAGUGUCCAAGGCCAGGUUGGACAGGGCUUGGAGUAACCUGGGCUAGUGGAAGGUGUCCCUGCCCAUGGCAGGGGGUGGAACUGGAUGAGCUUUAAGGUCUUUUCCAACCCAAACCAUUCUGGGAUUCUGGGAUUCUAUUCUAUAUGUGCUGAGACUAAAAUUGAAGUGUGAUUUUUUUCUACCCACCAAGUCUGUCAUCUGGAAUGCACGUAAAUUCUGAAUAAACAGUUACUUCACUAGGAUAUUUUAUGAAUGUCUGGGAGGUACAAAGGAAUAGUAUAUAGAUGCUGAAUAACACGGCAUCAUUUACUGGAUUCUGCCACAACCAGGAAUCCGGGAAAAAGGCGGUAAAUGAGCUUUAAAAAAAAGAAUUCCUGCUGAAAAUAAACUCUUUUGUGGUUAAAAACCGGCCAGUUGGAACUGAAAGAGUGUUUUCUUAGGGUGGCAGAACAGUCGGAAAAGUUGUUGGAUUAUUUUUGGCAGUGGCCAGCACAUUAUAGCUCUAUCAUUACUAAACUGCCCAGAGUUCACUGAAAGGGUUAGUGCUUCACUGGGGUAUUCCUGCAAAAAUCCAGCACACUCCAUCUGUAGCACAAAGCUUUGGAUUUGGAGCUCUGAUUGACCUUCCUGCCACGUUGAUAUCACUGUAACCAUCUCAGCUCCUGAGUACAGAGACACACAGGGAGGGCAGAACCUGAGCACGACCCACGGACAGCAGCAAACCCAGGGUGGCCGAACCACUGCACAGAGUGUUGCACAACCACACAGGGAGCACUCACAGAGAGACUCCUCUGCCCUGCACUGACGAAAACAGGCUGGGGAGAUUUCAGCUGGGGUUUUAAGCAUCAAGUAGCUUGUCCUUGGGUGCUGGUAAGAGCCAAACCCAGUGGCUGCCUUUGCUGGCAGCCCCUUCUCCCGAGGACAGACACGGUGCAGGUGUAGAACAAAUCCAGUUCAUGCUUUGGCAUUAGCAGCCUGUUCUCCUCAGCAAAUGCACUUCAAUCCCCACCCUGAAUCCAGCAGGAUUUCUGCAGCACAGGAGUACCUUAUACAACCCCUAUUUACCUUAUUAAAUGGAACAGAUGAGCUAUUUAACAUGUAAGAUUAAUAAAAUACUAUUUCUAUCCCCUUCAGUGGCACUCGAGAACUUACAAUCAGAAAUGUACUUUGCUGAGAAAGUGUCAGUGUGCUGGAUUUAAUUGGUGAAGAAAAUACUGGUUUCCUUUUAACUGGGGUCUAUAUGACCAUUCACAGUGCAGUCAUUAAGACUGGAGUUAUUUCUGCCCUUACAGUAGCAAGAUGACAAACAUUUAUAUAAAUGCCUUCACAUGUCUGCAAGUUCUGCAUCUUCAAUUCUGCUCAAAUAUCAGCCACAAUCAGGCAAUUCUCUGCCAAUAACUGGCAAUCUGUGAUUCUCCCCCUGAGUUUGAUUGUAACCAGAUUUGCCUCCCAGACACAGAUGCUGGGGGUGUGAGCCCUCGUGUGCCCAUCUGUGCAGACAGAGCUUGGGCAGUGCCACCAGCAGGUAUUGCUGCACCACACGGCUUUGGUGAGCCUGGAAGGUGUCUGAGAGGGGUGGGAAACAAUGGAUUGUUGGGUCUGGCAAAGGUGCUGAAUAAAGGCAGUUCUCUGCAAAGUCUGGAACUACUUUAGACAAGCUCUUUACUGCAGGGAAAAGGCCCAGCUCAGAGAGCCAAGCAAGUGGGUUUGUGCCUGUCCUCCUGCUGUCGAGUGGGGAAUGGUGCUGAAAACACUGAUUUGCUGGCUGAUUACUGAAACAAAUACUUCUACUUCUAGUGAAACAGAGCAUAAGGAACUGCCAGGCUCAGCUCUGCAGCCCAGGGCCCGAUGGCAUGCUGCAGCCCAGCCCGGCUCAGCUCUGGAUGAAAUAAGGACCUUGCUGGGGGAGCAGUUCUUUGUGCAGUACAGUCCGAGGUGCAUAACGUAAUGUCCAUGCUGUACUACACUCUGAUUGUAGCUUUUUUGAUCGGCACACAGGCAGCUCCAAAGUCAGAGGACAAUGCUCCCCUGGAGUAUCCAGCAGAACACUCCCUGCUCGAUGCCCACCGGAGCAACAGGCACCACAUUCCCGAGGCAGCCCCACGGACGCCCCACGGCCACGCCGCCUGGAGCAGGAGAGAAGCCAUAAACAUCACCGUGGACCCCAAAAUCUUUCGGAAGAGGCGUUUCCGCUCUCCCCGGGUGCUGUUCAGCACGGAGCCCCCGCCCGUGGCGGGGCAAGGACAGAGUCUGGGAUUCCUGGGCGGCGCCGGUUCCCUCAACAGGACUGCCAGGACCAAGAGGUCCACGCACCCCGUGCUGCACCGGGGGGAGUUCUCGGUGUGCGACAGCGUCAGCAUGUGGGUCGGGGACAAAACCACGGCCACUGACAUUAAAGGCAAAGAGGUGACGGUGCUGGGGGAGGUCAACAUCAACAACAACGUCUUCAAGCAGUACUUUUUCGAGACCAAGUGCAGGGACCCCAAGCCGGUGUCGGGCGGGUGCCGCGGGAUCGACGCCAAGCACUGGAACUCGUACUGCACCACCACCCACACCUUCGUCAAGGCCCUGACCAUGGAGGGCAAACAGGCGGCCUGGAGGUUCAUCCGCAUCGACACGGCCUGCGUGUGUGUGCUCAGCAGGAAAUCAGGGAGACCCUGAGCGGGGAGCUACGCCCUCCAGCACCCUCCUACCCCCCUACCUCAGUCUGUAAAUUAUUUUAAGUUAUAAAGGACUGCAUGGUAUAUUUAUAGUUUAUACAGUACAGAAAGAACCUCAUUAUUUAUUAAACUCUUUUGGAAACCUUU